AUGCAACCCAAUGUGCUCCACCCACUUCGAGGCACGGUACUGUUUGAGUCGCCCUCGCAACAGUACCCCCGCGUCAGUUCGAUGAUACGACUGUACGAUUUGUCUGUGACCCCCCCAAGCAACCAAAUGGACUUGUUGGCGGAUUACGAGCAGGUCGACAGACAUUCCCCACCCCGAUCGUCGUUGUCUACCCGUCCGUCGUACCAGCGUUAUUAG